ACAAGUGAAAGACAGCUGCAGUAAUUUAGGGUCUUUUCCACAGAUAUUUAUGGCUUAUAGAAAAUCGAAGUGAAUCUCUCUCCCUCCAUAUGUAAGUGCAAUCUGACAGUAAUCAAGUAAUCACCAUGGAUAAAAGAGAAGACGAAAGAUUUCAAGCAAGUCAUCGACGACCUACACGAAGUGUUGAAAAUAAAGAAAAUAUGGAAAACUUCUCAAAGUAUUUAGCAGAGAUGCUACCAGAGGAGAAAGUGGCAAUGGAACGCGGUCACCGGAUGAUGAAAUUGCUAUUAGGGAAUGAUUCAGAUCCUGCCAGAAAUAAAGUGACAGAGUUGUAUGAACAAAUGAGAAAUGCAAAAAUAUUUAGCGAUUUAUUUAAGGGAAAUGCAUUCGUAAAUUCAUCCUUUGGAUUAGUUGAAAGUUAUGGAAAAGCGUUACCUAGCUUAAUACAGACAAAUUCUACAUGUUAUCAAUUUUUUCCUUAUCAGAAUAUUGAGCAGUGGUUUGAACAUGUUAUUCCACUUUACGCCAGGGAAUUUAAUCCAGAGAUGAUAGAUAUGCCUAGUUAUAUACAAUUGAAGGUUAUUGGUAGUACCGUUGACGGCCUUGCAGUCCCUUUGGCGCUUCACAAGGAGGAUAAAACACACAACAUCCCAAUAGAUAUCGAUGUCAUGCUAGUCCUAUCACCUCCAUAUUUCCCGACAGUCACGUCUCGCAGAGAAUCAGUGACAACAACAAAGGGGCCAUUGUGGUUGAGGAUCCUCUCACCUCCAUAUUAUCCAACAUUCACGUCUCGUAGGGAAUCGUUUGUCGUAGAUGGUCGGGGUUGUCACGCCGGUUAUGUCAAACUUAAGAUACAAGGUCAACACUGGUUGUUUGAAGUGCCUGAUAUUUUGGAACGUGAUCGUGGGGAUUUAUACCUGAGCAAUACAUGUGUACAACAUUACAUCAAAAACGUGAAUUCAAGUAGUGGGCCAUUGAGAAAAAUGUUGGAAAAGUUUAGAGUACGCGUCCAUCUUCAUGGCCCAGCGGCGACCUACGAGAUUCUAUCCAGUAUGCAUGACAAAGACGAUCUUCUUUCAACAGGCGAUUUUGUCGCGUCAUUUCCGUGGAAUGAGUUUCCACGCGAAGCAGAAGAGUGGCUGAGUCGCAAGAGAUCGAGUGGUUGGCCUAAUAUGGAGCAAAUUCAAGCCGUGAAAGAGUUUGGCUGCCAUCUUGUUCCAGUUGCCAAUCCUGGUGAUAAAGAUUGCCGAACAGAAUGGAGGAUCUCUUUUGUUUUAGCUGAGCGUCAUCUUGCCUUGUCCCUAAAUCAAGUUCAGCGCCAUGUUUACCGUAUCAUAAAACUGAUACACAAACACCUACUGGGAGAAUCCUGCACACUUUCUUCCUACCACCUUAAGACGACGCUGUUCUGGUUGUGCGAGCGUAUCCCACAGGAUAGGUGGACAAACGAAGAGAUGGGGCAACGGUUCUACGACUUCUAUGAUCUCUUGCUUGAAUUUCUCGACAAGAAGUGCAUCCCAAACUACUUCAUACAAGAAAACAACAUGAUUGACUACGUGGAUGAAAAAGUUGUAAGCGACAUCGUUCACAUUUUGUACACCAUCCUUGACAAUCCAAAAGCAGUCCUAACGGAAAUCCAAACAAAUUAUGAAAUUCAUUUCAAUCUAAUGAAUCACACGUUUUUGAAUCGUUUUUUUCAAGAUAUCUUAAAAAUCAACCUACAGGUGAUGGUCGACUCACCAGAUAUUGUCUUGGAUAGUGUCUUUGGGGCACCCGGGGGAGCAGUAGACGCUUUUUCAAAGAAUGACACGGACAACCCCUUAAGAAAGGAAAAGGAAGACUCGGACAGUGAUAUGGGGGCAGUCGGGGGAGCAAUAGACGCCUUUUCAAACAAUGACUCGGACAACCCCUUACGACUAGAAACGGAGAGACUAACAAGACUUAUCUUGAAAGACGUGUGCAAAAGGUUAUUAGAAUGGGUACCCAAUUCAGCAGAUGGAGUGGAUAUCUUUGAAGAAAUGCGUGAUUUUCUGAAGGAUGCAUUAACUUUAACAGCAGAUAUUGAUGAAGAGGAUCCGUCACACGUGGAGUUACUUGUGAAUACCAUUAGCCUGCUGACGGCAUUGGACUCAGGAUUAAAACAAAGACCAGCAGAUGAACAUGUCAACGGUCAGGAAGCAAGGUCAAGAAAAUUAUCUUACCUAACACACGACCAAAAUGAUGACCAACAUAAUGCAGUUACAGAAUCAUUUGACUCGCUUGAUGAGAACCAGAAGACACAAUCUGGUAAUAAAAAGAACAGGCUCUUAGAGCUGGUCAAGGUUUUUGUUGACACGAUGGAGGGAUAUGGCUUAGAACUGGAGCAAACACCAGAAGAUGAACAUGCCGACGAUCAGGAAGCAGCGUUGGGAGAAACAUUAUACCAAAGGAACGACGAAUUCAGUGACAGGUAUUAUGCAGAAAGAGAAUCAUCUGACUCCCUUGAUGAGGACCAGAGUGCACCAUCUGGUAAUAAAAAGAAUCGGUUGAUAGGGAAACGUGCUGGUCAGUUAGAUGAUAUAGACUUAGACUAGACACAAAGACCAGCAAAGCAACAUGCUGACGACCAGGACGUACAUUUAGAAAACAGUUCGAUUUAAUCGCAGGACGAUUCUGACCACGAUUAUGAAGAACAAUCAACAGAAAUUGUUGCACUUUAUGGACGAUGAUAAUGCCGAUCAAACGGCAACAGCAAAAAUAAUUUUAUUUUUAAUAGGCAUGUUAUUACAGUUGUAAU